CUUGAUCCGUAAAAAUCUGUUUUAUUUCGUUUAACAGCAGAGGAGCCAAAGAGGAUGAGCUGAUUAUUGUCUAUAAGCAAACUGUUUGAAAGCAGGCUAAUUUGAGAGAAAAAACAAAAACAUCUGAAAAAGUUGAAAGAGUUCUCAAGCUUCUUUUCCCUGUGCUUAAAACCAAUGUGGGACGCAGUUUCAAAUCGGAUAUCGCGUGCGUGUAUAAUGUCCUAUUUAUACGCGAGUAGCUCUUUGCUAGAGGUCACAAUGCACGUAAAUAUCAAAAACUGAGAAACCCAUUUGAGCGCGGUAGUUUUCGUGAGCGUGAGAAGUAUACGCGUUCAAAUAGGAGGCUAUAUACGCGGGAAUAUCCUAGUUUUACAUAUAUCAGUGCCCAUUGCCUGCGGAUAAAAUGCAAAAGUCAAAAAGCCAUUGCAAGAUCCUAUCGUCUUCCAGUCUCGGUUCGGUCUUUGAAGCAUUGGAAUCGACUGCUGGGCAUCAUUCAAAUUGUUUCCUUUGAUUGAAUCGCUACAAAUACUUUAAGACGACAGAAAUGCGCCAACCGUUUCUCGUCUUGUUGCUCGGCCUCUGCCUUGUCGUCUCACUCACCUCUUCGGCUGGACUGAGGGUGCGAAUCCAGCGACUCCCCAAUCCCAUUUCGUCGUUUUGGCGGGGCUUGAAAGCUGGCAGCAGCAAAAUCGAAAAAGCCACCAACCGAAUUAUUUUUGGCAGUUUGGGUCAUUUCAACACUAGUACGCCAGAGCCACCGCACGUUCCGACGCUAGUCAAAACAGACGAUAAGCUGCUGAAUAAUGUUACAACAGCUGUCGAAUCGAAAGAAGAGGACAGUCCCGAGACGAGGCAACUGGUCAUCACCAGCGGUUCUCACAGUUCGCAAACCACAAACGGCCACGGGAGCAAUUACUAUUCCAGCAAUACCCACUCGCAGAUUUUAAACGGUGAAGUCGUCGAAUCGUCGUACGAAAGUUCCCUCGACGAUGUCUACAAUGCGCAGUACAACAACAAGAAAACCAACACGUACAAAGGAACGAUCCUCGUCCCCAUCUCAAUCAAUCCCGAUUUCAAUAAAAAGUUCACGGUCAAAUCGCCCAGUUUCCCGUACGAACGCAAAACGCCCCUCGUCAGCAUCUGGAAUGUCAAGGUGAGUAAAAACUGCCGCCGGGGACUCAUCACUAUGAAAAUCAACGAACUCAGUCGACUCUCGGACGAAGAGGAUUGCGGCGAUGGAUUUUAUCGGGUUUCUCCGUUCAUGAAACAAGCCAAAAUUUGCGGACGUGUCGACACCGUUCCGCCCUUCAAGUGGUACGUCGACGAAAGAGAACCGGAAGAUGUCGUCAUCACUUUGAAACACGACGGACUCAACGACGGAUACUCUGAAGGAUUGGGUUUCACCCUUCAAGGCGAAUGUCUUCCAAACGAUUCCGACAUGACGAAAAGCAAAGCCUUGAAAUCCUACAGCACCUGGAUGCAGAAACUCUACAAAGAUUACGCAACCAACGGUUAUCCCACCGUGGUCAUCCCAGGUUUGGAUUUGGCCAGCGUUACCGUAGCGGAAACUAAUAAUCCGCCAGACGACAAUUCUGAUUCUUUAUUCGUCUUGAAUCCUUCGCUUGAUUCCGGUUCCGAGCCUCCCAUCCAGCCAAUCUCUCCCGAUCAGAUUUGGACGCCCAGUUCUUUUCUGACUCCAGUUGUGCCAGUUGUGGCAGCCAGCAAACCAUCACAGACAAAUCGUCCGGUGUCAACCACUCCCGCCGAUCAGUCGUCCUGGUCGCAAAGUUAUCCACAUGAAAUAACAACACAGCAGCAAACGACUCCACAAAGACCCAACAUUCCGAUUGCUGUCGACGAAGAUCUCGACGAUGCUAUUUCGUACAUUACGACACUAUUGGAUAAGCCAUUAAAGGCACGCAAGCCAUUAACGAAACAAUAAACCGUGUUCCCAUGUUCCUCCCAUUUUACUAGAAUUUUUUUUUUCGGUAUGUAGAUUUGUAUUACAGAGGAAUAUUCGAUUUAUUAAGUUAAAAGCAUGAAUGUCUUGAACACAUAUUUUAAUUUUGUUUAAACGAAAUUGCGAAAUACAUUAGAACGUAAUCGUUGUA